GUCCAGGCCAGCUGAGCAGUGCUCAGUUCAUAUCGCGUUACCUGCUCUGGAAGUGAUCUGACUCACCAAGUCCUUCGCGAGCCCUCACGUACCUCGCUCUGGUAGCAAGCGACGACCACUGACCAAGGCUCCGGUACACGAUGAACCAACGACAAGCAUUAUUAGCUGUACUAGCUGCCAUUAUUAGCAUUGCUUCCGCGGCUGUGAGCGUGGAGCACUCGCUAGAUGGUGGCGCGACUUUCUUGCCCGCUGGCAAGGUGGUCGGCAAUGUGCUCUCGGAUAUGGUGGUGAACUGGGAGCGCCCCGCGCUGUCGGAUGCCGAGCUGGCUAAGCUGGAGAAGGCUGCGCAGUCCAAUGGGCUGUACCUGCUGCGUGUCAAGGCUGACAAGUCCGAGCUGCUGAGCUCCGUGCCGGCGUCCUGCCUGCUGGGGGACAAACUGUUCGAGAAGGCCGAGGUGGCGGUGGACCGCGGUGGCCAGCUCCUGUCCUUCAACUACGCCAUCACCGACUGCGCCAAGCGCGCCGCCGGCACCGCCACCGGCGCCUCCGCGCCUUCCCCCUCGGAGGAGGGUGUGGGCACGCGGCCCCCCAGCCUGCCCGUGCGCGUGGUUUUGCCGCGCCCCGGGCCCGCGCUGCUGGUGCCCGAGUUCGUUGGCGAUUUCGUGGACGUGAACGUCGAUGCCGACCUGACCACCACGGGCACACUGGACCCAGGAGCCAAGCCGCGCGCGCCCGUGCAGGGCCAGGCCGCACGCAAGGGCGCCCCGCCGCCCAAGGACGAGCGCACGUGGCUUCAGAAGAACUGGAUGUUCGUGCUGGCAGGCGCCAUGAUGGUUUUCAACAUGGUCAUGAAGGCCAACGCGCCCGAGGGUCAGGCCGGCGCUGCCCCGGCGGCAAGGCCCGGCGGCGCGCCGGCGGCUGGCGGCGGCGGCCCGCGGCGCUGAGCAUUGGCGCAAGGCAUGGGAAUGGCUCGAGGGUAGAUGUGUGCAGGCGGUGGUGGUCAGGCACUCGGGGUCGGGUCCUGGCGUCGUCGGGUUUGUGCUGGGGGCUGUGGGGCGCGGCACGGCGUGACGUGGAGCCACUGCGUGUGCCGACGCUGCGGCGUUGCCGCACGAUGCACCUGUCUGGGUAAUGCAUUGAAGCGUGGUUGCUGGUUCUUGGAGGUCUCAAUGCUUUUGAGAGCGAAAAGCGUCGCCAUGGGUAGGGAGCGGCAUGGGCACCGGUUGGAAGACAUGUUGCUGCAGCUCAGCUGCCAACAGCUGCAAGGCAGUAUAAAUUCACUGCAACAUGUCAAACGGGCUGUCUGCACCUACAACUAGGACCGCAACGAGGCUGCGCGAGAAACUGUUGAGGGUCGAUGAGCUGGGCUAUGCGGACGAGCUGUUCCUUGUUCUGGAUCGGCACUGGGAGAAGCUGGGCUACCAUUCUGGAGCAUAUAGUAGCGACUAUGACGACGCGGUCCUGGCCGGCGCGGUCGGGGCGCACGUUAUCGCGGCUCAUACGCUGGCUCGAGGUGGCGCAACGUCUACCGACCAGCAGGCUGCUUGGAAUUGCUUCACCAAUU